GCUGUAUCUCAAAGACGAAACGAACUUUCAGAAGGGGCAGGACAAGGCGAAGCCUACAGCGAUGGUCUCUGAAGGGAAAACUCCUCAGGCUGCCUGGAGAAAGCCCAGUGGCGUUGCUCAACGGAAUAAGCCAGUGCAAAAGAAGCCCGCAACGCAGUCUACCAGCGACUCCAAAGUAGCUCUAUCGAAGUCUGGCGAGGGGGAGCCGUCGAGAGUGCAGAUUGGCAGCGAGGGCUCUGGAGAAGCCAGUGAGCCUUCCCUGCUGUUAACAGAUGGGCAGAAUGAGGUGCCGCCUGACCAGAGCAGCCAGAAUGAAGCCGAAAAUUUUCAGAGUAUUACAGUCGAGCAAAAUAAAGCACUGGCUGCUGAGAGGGGGAGCAAACCGAAGCCUGCUCCUGCUAGUAGGCCCUUGCCAGGUUCCUUCCGUGGUAGGAUUGUACAGUCCAAAGUCCAGUCCUUCCGAGCGACGUCCCAUCAAAGUGAGAAGCGGGACAGGGUUGAUAUGACCAGCAACCCGGACCUGACGGAGCUGAAAAAUGAGGCUCGAGGCAGGCUGCUCAAACCGAGGCUAAAAAAGGCAACGGGAAUAGAAAACGUCCAGCCCAACAGGAGGACAGCAAGUGCCACGACCACUCCCAACAAGCCCAGGAUUCUGGCCACGGCCACCGAGACCAAAGCCCCCAGAAAUCAGAGGCCGCUUCUAACUAACACAACUGUGAAAACCAAACCAGCCGUCCAGCUCUUCACCGGCAAUGUCAAAAGGCCUCCCCCAGCCUCAAAGCACAGCACCGCCCAGCGAGGCUCUGCUCUGUCCCGAAGCCCAUCCAAAGGAUCACCUGCUAAACCUGCUAGGAAAGCAGUCGGGGCCCAUAAACCAAUGAAAUGCAAAGAGAGCGCGGAGGAAAAACGGGCAUGGUUACCUUUGUGGAGAGAGCAGAAGGAGUCUAAAAAACCAACGGUGCCUUUACAGAACAGCAAUCCUCCAGAGGAUUCAGUGAAACCCUUUUGGACAACCAUUCUUGAAGAGGAAAAUCAAAACAAAUUUGGGAACCAAAUUAAUAAUUAUCUUUCUAAUUGCCUGAAACAAAUUAAUGAGGGUUGUUCAGAGAAUGAGGCCACACUUACUCUCAACAGUUUUGUGGAGAAUCUUCCAAUGGCUAAGAAGUUUGCGAGGUACUGGAUCUGCCUGGCGAAACUGGAACAACGCAAAGGCUCUAUUCACGACAUCAUCGGAAUUUACGAAGAGGCUAUCAAGUCAGGGGCACAGCCGGCAGAGGAACUGCGUAAUACACUUGCAGACAUUUUGGGAAACAUAAGUUCUCUACAAAAAAACCUUGGGACAGAGAAACCCAAAGGUGAAGUCGCACAGGAAACGACAGAGCCAGAGACUGAAUCCACAACCCAUGCUGCAAAUAGUACUGAAGUGCAAGCGCCCCCGGCUGAUGAUCCCGAAUCUCUGCCCGCGGAAGAAGGGGAGAAUCUGGCUGUUGAGGCGUAUGUUUUGGAAGAGGACACAGUGGACCCUCCGACUGGGGAACAGAAGCCUCCUGUGGAGGAGGAGGAGGAGGAGGAGGACCAAGGAGCAGACCCCACGGCGGACGAGGUGAAACAGCUUAUAAAGCAAGAGACGGAGCCUGGGUCUGAUGAAGGGAACCGUUGCCUGGAAGAAGAGGCGAACACAGCAGUGAACCCAUUCGCCAAGGCAGACGGAGAAGAAAAGGUCUGCAAGGCAGAGACCAAAGAAUACGAUGAGGACGAUGAGAUUGAAGAAAUCGAAGAUGUAUCGAUGCUGAAGACCCUUGAGCGGCAAAUUUCCAAUGAAGUGGAAAAUCGAGGAUCGGCCAUUAAGUUUAACAUAAAGAACACACCUAUCUUACAGAACGUCAAGAACAUGUUGCAGCUGGAAAACAGCAACUCGGGGAUCAAAGAUUUGAAGUUUCUGACUCCUGUCAGGCGCUCUCACCGAAUUGAGAAGGUGGCUUUCCAGUUCCCAAUCAUGCUGCAGGAUCACGAUCCCUGUGUUUCAUCCCUGGAGGAUCUGCUUGAGAUGGGAGAAUCCACUGCCUAUGUGGUCAGGGCAAACAGUGCUCUCCCACACUGCAGUUAUCCUCCCACUGAAUAAUAUGUUGUUUCUCUUGACCUUUAAUCAAAUGCAAUUAUUGUUCCACAGCACCCUUUAUUCCUAAUACAAUGCUGUCUGGUGAUGUGUAUUUGUUUGCCUGCUAUUUGUGUACACUAACUGAUGGUGAAGUGUUCUCUAGAACAAAACGUAGUUCGGGAAUCGCUGCUUACUCAGGAGGGAUACAGCUGAGAGAUAAUGGCUCGAAUUAUCAGAAUGCGACAGUAGUUGUCGCUAGCGAAGAGAGACUAACUUGUAUAACAAUAAGCUAAGCAGAUAACAGAAAUAAUCUGUAAUAUUAAUGAUAACUUACUCGAAUACAAAAAAAACUAAAAUAACCUUGUAGAAAAUAAACAAAAUGGUCACUUUGUUUUCCUCUUCCUUCUCAAUCUCUCCCUGUCCUUUGAUUAACUUUUAUCUUCUAUGAUUUUGUAACUUGUAUAUGUGGGAUUUUAUUUUUAUCCUGUUUUCCAGUUGAGGAAGUAUAUUUUAAAACUCGAGACACAGCAGGACUCUAAUGGGUAAAAUAUAUUUCCACUCCCUUAUCUUUAAUGUCUGGGUGGGGGAGAAGGGAAACACAGGGGUUGGUUAAUUCAUUUGUAUUUGAGGGUUCAUUUCUUUUUCUCUCACCCUCCGUGCAAUAAAAACAAUUUUGGUAUGCAGUACCUAACUUCUGAAGAUGCACAGAGUGCACACGGUUUUCACCACACACCUGCAUUCCUUUAAAUACAAAAAUGAACUGAUUCUACAGCUGUCAAUGCAAAUCCAUUAGAUUGUAAUUGAUAAUGCAAGGAGGCUGUGGAGGACAUUGGUCAUUUUUUAAGUGUGGCCUGAAAUUAGUUAGACCAGGGUAUGUGCUACAAAGUUAAACUGAUAACCCUGUUUUAUGGAUGCACCCAAAUUUUAUUUGUCAAUAAUUAAAAUCAACCUUUCCUGAUUAAAGGAAUAUUACCACUAAUACAAGUCAAUUGAAACUUGGGGGGGGGGGGGAGGACCCUUUAAGGGGUGUAAAAUUUAAUUUCUCUUUAAUAAUUAAACCACAUUUGACUAGAAGUAUAAAAGAACUGCUGUUAUCAAUUGUUUUUUUUUAAAUGUAUGAAUUCAGCUCUAUCAUCUUCCUGUUCUUUACAUUGCAAUAAAGGAUAAAUUUAACCAAAA